CAUUCAAUAGAGUAAUCAUAGACAACGUGGUACUAAAGGAGUGAAUACGAAUGAAAAGUCUGUGGGUGGAUAUGAAAUGAAAGUCCGCCAUAUCUACACGUCUUUCCAAUAGUGACUUGACUUUCGUAUUAUUUUGUGUUAGAUAGCUCGGUUGUGUAGAUAUUUGUUUUAAUUUAAUUAAUUUUAGUUCGACCACUGCACGGUACAUGGUGUUCGCGUAACUCGCAGACCUUCGCCGGAAGAUCACCAUGGAGUCCCCAAGAAAAUUCAACGAUUGUUACUUCUACUAUUAUUCCACAUGCACUAAGGGGGACAACUGUGUGUUCCGACAUGAACCUUCAGCCCUGGGCUGCGAGACCAUGUGCACGGCCUGGCAGCAGGGUAAAUGCAUGGACAAACGGUGCAAACUCCGCCAUAUGGAGCUCAGGAAAAACCGCAAGCAGAUCCCUUGCUAUUGGGAGAACCAGCCGGGCGGCUGCCGCAAGAAGCACUGCCCGUUCAUGCACAAGAACCCGGACGCUCGCACUGACGGCAUCGCGCCCAGCCAGCCUGUCCCGCAGCAGCCCAUCGCCGGGCAGCCCGUGGCCGGCGCGUCGGAGAGCGCGGAGCCGGCGGCGCCGCCGCUCAGCGUGGGCGUGGCCGCGCCCGCGCCCGUGCCGCUCUUCUGGCAGCAGCAGCGCCAAGUAGUGCUGGACCCGGCGAUCCUGGACGCGCUGCCGGCGGCGGGCGGCGGCGAGCUGCCGCUGCGGCGCCUGGUGGGCGGCGUGCCGCACGUGGGCGUGCACGCGCCGCACGCGCACGCGCACGCGCACGCGCACGUGCACGACGCGCCCAACCCCUACCUCAACCAGGACCCGCUCGUCGUCAACUUCGAGGAAGAGUCCGAUAACGAGAGCGCGCCCUCCUCCACGCCCACCAAGCCGGGCUCGUGCUCGUCGCCGCGGGACAAGCAGGCGCACGAGCUGCUGCUGCUCGAGCGCAUACAGGCCGAGGCCGCCGCCUACUACAGCUACGAGAGCCUCGGGCCCGACCCGUCCAAGGACCGCAAGAUCGUCCGCACCAACCUCUCCACCAAGUACGACCGACUCUCACUUGACGAAAUCGCAGGUAAAAAGGCCACCGAGCGCCGCAGUUCGCUCGACUUCAAAAUACUCUCCCUGGAGGAGAUCCGAGCUAGAAAGAAAAGCGACGCCAUCGUCCACAGCGCGCCCAUCACGCUUAACUUGAGAAAAAGAAAAUUAUCUACGCAAGAAUCUGUCACGACUACCGGUGAUAAAAUCAUAAAAGUCGUUAGAAGUAAUUCUAUUGUUUACAAAAAAGUCGAUCAUAACGCUCCUCCGACUAACCAGUCUAAACCAGAGCAGAGGCUCAGUGACAGUGGCGACGCCAGCAGAAAACGAACCUUAUCAGAACAGAGCGACGUUUACGAGGUCCAAGUAGACGAAUUAGUAGACAACUGCCACGAGUUCAAAAAAAUAAAACUGGCAGAAACCACAUCGAAACCUAGACUAAUUAGAAAUAGGAGUAGUAAUAGUGAGGCUAAGGAGCCAGUAGCUGCUAAGGCGGAUGACUCAGACACAGAAGUACAAAUAGUAAGUAUCGAUAUAUCAGACUGCACAAACGUAGAUUUAUCUUAUGAUGAAGACAAUAGUAAAACGGCCGAGCCCGUGGAUGUCGUAGAUCUCAGUGACGACGCGGACGACUGCGAAGUCACGAUAUCAGACUACGACCUAGGUCUUAUCAAGAACGUUCCUGAUGUAGUCGCUAGUUGUCAAAAGAACUCAAAUUCGGAAAACAUUGAUAGAGAUCUUAUUAGUGACAUAGAUAAUAUUUUGAAUGACGUGUUAUGAUUUCGGAUUCUAGUCUUAAUUACAUAUACGAAGAACGUACAAAGUCUUAGGUUUAAAGUUAGUGUAUAAGGGAUUCAAAUUAUAAGUGUUCACUACAACUCGUAGUAUUGUUUUACAUCUUACAAAUCUACUGUUUCUGAAAUUGUUAAUGCCAUUGUUGCAAUUUUUCUAGUGUAGUUUAGGAGCUGUUAAAAGGAUGCGUUUUAUUUAUUGUGAUGUUAAUGCAUGUUUUUGGAAAGUUAUGUUAGUAAAUUAGUGGCACGCCCCAUUUAACGAUGUGGCAAGAAUAUUGUCUCUACUUUUUGAGCUACUUAACCUUUUUGACGCCAAUGACGUAUAUAUCCGCACCAUAGGUCCAACACCAGAGACGGAUUAAUCCGUCAUCGACCACAGAGCAACAUAGACCUACGUGCUGCAUAAAGUUCAAUUUCAGUUUAAACACUUCGUCGUCCGAGUGACAGCUUUUGUGUUUGACACGGUGUCAAAAAGGUUAACUAUGGUGUCAAGCUGAAAAGGAAAUUGCACUGCCAGAAUCGCCUUAGAUGAAUAAUUAGAAAUAAGAAGUCAAGAUUUUGAUCCAAAAAUGUAAUAUACAUACAUAAUGCUGAUAAUAAAACGUACCGACGCGACACAAUUCUUAUUCACAAAAGAAGUUCAUAUUAAUAUGUUUACACCUUAGUUUUAAUUAUAAUAAAUUCGAAACGAAUCCCUCAUGAGUUGAGGCGUCACUAAAGAUUUUUGUGCCUGGGCACAUGAUACAUACACAACGUUUUGGGCUUAGCGGUUACCUAGGUUAGUAAGCACAGUGUCAUAGAGUAUCCAGCCUUAGAACCGAAAAUAUUUGAUUAAAGUACUGUCAGCAUCAAAUGUAAAAUAGAUAAUUUAAAAUUAAGCACCUUGUUAAAACUAAUAAUUUAACCAGAAUUAUUUGGAACUGAAUAAGUACAAACAAAGAGAAUUUAAAAUAGAGGGGGAUUGUCAAAGAAAACUUUGUAGCCAAAAUUUACUGCUAUCUUUCGAAACAUGAUUAAGGAUCAAAGUCAAAUGGCGUUUUAAAAGUUUUAAUCAUGUUUCGAAAGAUGGCAGUAAAUUUACUGUGGCUACAAAGUUUUAUUUGACAAUCCACCUCUAUUUUUUAAUUUACUUUGGUACAAUCUAUUGGACUAAAGUUUGAUGCUAGUUGUACUUGAAAUAACAUAAUUACACAAUAACAAUGUUAUCAUUGUGGAGUCAUCACACUUAACCCCUUAACUUAUAAUUAUAACUGCGAUAUAUGGUUGCAUAUGCGGUAAAGGGUUAAAAAGGUUCAGUAUUUCGGUUCUAAGCCUUUUGCACGCUUAUAUGACCAUUCGUAGACUGUUGCUAAUCUAAAGUCUUGAUCACAUAAGCGUAUCAAUGUGGUACGAUUGAAACAGGCUUACUACAGUAUGAUUUGUGAUACAAAUUACAUUACUUUGUUAAAGAGACUCACAAAUAUGCAACGAACAUUAAAUAAAUUAUUUACAACUUACGGUUAAAAGCCCUGUCUUUUUGUAGAAAUCUAAGGGGGAUUUUUAUAAUUGUUUUAUUGGUUUCUCCUAAAAUUUUAUAAUCCAAUCUUGUGUUAAACAUUUCUUAUUAAGUCCAGUCUGUUAAAAUAUGUGCGUGAAGAAAACAGGCAAGGUAGGUACAGGUAUUUAAAAUACUUCUAUGCACGCGUGCCGGAAUGAGCACUUUCCGUGCAUAUGUCGAAACUUUAAAGAGUCAUAUGUACUGUAAAACGUUGUACGAUACACGUGCGAAUGGGUAAUUCGCAACUCUCGAAAAUGUUGUAUGGGUUAUUUUUUAUUUUCUGCACUUGUAUCGUAUAUAACUAUUCCUCACACAUCAAUUUAACAGUCACAUUUUCCAACUUUUAAAAUCAAUUGAAACCUGUAUACUCCCUUGGUAAAUCCUACUUCUUAGCCUCCCUUUUGAGAUCUGAAUUCCUGCCCCGUAUACAUAAUGGAAUUUGUGGUUUCUCUAACCACUCGCAUGCGUUUGGUAGUUACCAGCUGUCAGCCUUAUUUUAUUAUAAUAAUAGAAGUCACUGAAAAAUAUCAAGCACAUAGCCAAUAAAAAGAUACCUUGUGUAGAUACAAUAAGGUAUCUUUUGACAUGGUAGCCACAUAAUUAUUUCAUUCAUAGGGCACUUAAAUACAUUAUUGCAGAAGUAAUUUUAGUCAUAUCUCUCAAAUAUAGACCAUAUUGCAACUAUACAAGAUUCACUUCAAAUACUUUCGGAAAUGAUAUAUUAUUUAAGUCACAAUUUUAGUUUCCUCUGACAAAAAAUGUUAAUUUGCGAUAUAAAUUAUUAGUCAUAUUUUUUGGAUUUUGCCUACGUACUAUGUUAUGUUAGUGACAUAUACAACAAAUAUACAAGGCCGCCGGGCGAGGCCUGCAGCCCAUACUUACUACUAUAUCUUACCUAACCUAUCUACUUUGUGUUCAUUAUCAUAAAAAAUAAAUUUUAACUAUUAACACUUACCACGAAUUGUAGUAAUUAAAGCAGAAUGGUUAUUUGUAUAUAGACACCUUAUUAUGAAAUUAACAUUGUAUUUUAAGUAUAUCAAUUUUAAAUACCUAGUAAUAAUUUUAUUUAAGUUCAACCUUGAUAGAAAGAAGCAAUAGUAUGUAAAAUUAAUAUAUUUGGGACAAAAUAACAUUAUUUGAAUCUCUUUAAUGAUAUCAAGUGUUGUUUAAUAAUUCUUAUUAGCAGGGGACCAUUUCUCGAACGAUAUUAGUCUAUAGUUAUUUACGAUACAAGUGCAGAAAAUAGGAAAUUCGCAAAGAGUGCUGAUAAAUUAAAACACGAUCGAAGGGAGUGUUUUAAAUCGACACGAGUUGCGAAUUACCUAUUCGCACGUAUAUCGUAAUCGUACAACGUUUUACAGUACAUAUGGCUCUUUAAAGUUUCGACAUACGCACAGAAAGUGCUCAUUCCCGCACGGGUGCGGGAAAGUAGCACCAUAUGUACCUUUGUAACUAGGUAGUUUUAUUUGGCAGUUAAUUUAUUUGUUAAUUAGCUAUCCAAUACUUGGACAUUGUGAAACAGGCCCUUAGUCUAAUACCCUUUUGAGAAAUGGGCCUCAGGUGUCUAUUUAAAAUAAUCACUGCAUGCUUUAUUGAAAGUUAAUUUCUGAAUAUAAUACUUUGAGCCCAGAUUUGUGCUCUUCCAUAUUUGUGGCAUGACUACUGGAUAUGUUUAUUCUUGCACUUGUGCAGAAACAAUACAAUAAAAUGGUUUUCUUACGAUCCGUUCCCACUA